UCAGUUUUUCAUUGAAGAAAAUUACAUUUUAUUUAUCUCGAAGCCACCCCUUCUGUCUAUACUGUAUAGUUAAAGCACAAAACCAGUCUAUAAGUACAAAAACUGUGUUGUGAUAAGGCAAAGUAAUGAGCCUGUGAUAGGACUCAACUGCCAUAGCUCACAACAUAACCUUUGUUCAAUUGAUUCCUACAACAAAAGAAUUCCUCUGACGUCAUUCAUCGAUUUCCCUGCUAGCCUUUAUUGAGAUUUCCUUUCUUGGGCUAGCUUCCUCAAAACUCCUUAAGGGUAGGUGAAGUAUUUAUCGUUGAGCGUGAGACUGUGUGAUUCCAUAGAUCUUACCCAAAGAGGUUGAUGAAACAUUCUAACGUAAGAUUAUUUUCGAUUCGACGCGUGCUGCACUCGCCGCGAACGGACUUUUUAAAAUUUGUAGCAGCUGUGUACACCCUGUAGCAGACCGCUAGAGUGCACAGCUUCCCGAUUCCGUCGUCUCCUGCUGUCGUGCGGUUCAGUCCCGCCUACGCUCUUGGCAAGAGUUCUUCACAUGGAUUUGGGAGUUUGGCUUAAAUUGAAUACCCACUUGAAUUCCAUCCUGAUCUUCUUCUUACACGGAUUCAUCACAUCAUAAUCUGUAAAGCAGGGCAUAUUGAAACAGGCUAUUUCCAUUGAUGGAAAAUUCGUUGGGAUACCGUAUAAAGGUUACUACAACCAGCUGUAGCUAGUAGCUCAGCUGUCCGUAACAAGUGCCUACCAAGAGUGAGAUGAACAAAAACGUUGCAGUACUCGCACUCUGAAUGACAAGCUUUAUAUUCUGCACCUGGAAACCUGAACAAUUCAUCAAUUGUUGUCUUCUUUCCACUACAGUAUUAUAUCCACUAUAACGCCAGAAGUCGAAGUUGUGAUGUGUUUUACGGCUGUAGCUUGACAUUUGUUACUGUUUGUAGCAGUUUGUUUUUCAGCAAACAUAAGAAGUAACAUAAAGUAUGUCUCAAAUGCACGUUACUAAGAUACAGAAUUGAUUUGUUUGUUGUUGUUUUUUUUUGCUAUAAAAAAAGCGAUUAUUAUGGCAAGGAUGUGCCUUGUACGUAAUAAUUUAAUGAGUAAGAUUGAAUAGAUGCAGUGACAAGACUUGAUUCGAUAUUCUGUAAGUUUAAGCAGUCUUUCAUAAUUGUUACGUCAGUUUACAUAAAUCAAAGCCUAUAUCAUUUGCACAUGUUCAGUCAGUGCACUGCCGGAUUAAUGGGCCGUAAAUCCCGUCCAAACAUGAGACGACAACCAGGUAACUAUCGGCACCGACCGGCCUUCCGACACAAAGACCGGACUGCUCCUGUAUCCCUCUCUCCGCCUCCUUCGACUGACUUAACAGAUGCCCAUUACGAAGGUUAUAUGUCACUACCUACUACACCUCUUGAAAAUGGAAGGUUUAGCUAUGCAUCUCUAACAUCUCCCGAUUCAGGCUUUCCUCCUUCUCCGGACUCUGACAGAAAAGCUAUCCAAGGAGAAAUUAAAAUUUCUACAGAGAAUGGAGAAACCAGAACUUUACAAAACACACCGGACUGGGCAGAGACAGCGAUCAAUGGAGACCAUCUUUGGAUCGCCACUAGUGCCUCUGGGGACUUGUGCUACGUAGGAGAAAACGACUGCUCGAAGCAAGGCCCUCGCAUGAAGUGUCCUGCUUGUAAGAUAACUGCUCACACUGGUUGCAUUAGUAUCCUGAUUGAAAAGAAGUUUUAUUGUAAACCAACAUUCAAAGAUGUCGGAAUACGUCAAUACAGAGAGCAAACCCUAAUCUACCAUCACUGGGUGCACCGGCGGCAGCAGAAAGAGCGUUGCAAACAAUGUGGAAAGGCCUUCCAGUCGAAGCUCUCAUUUGGCAGCAAAGAGAUCGUAGCUAUUAGUUGUUCCUGGUGUAAAACUGCUUAUCACAAUAAAGAAUCGUGCUUUAAUAUGUGUAAGAUUGAAGAGCAGUGCACUCUGGGAAUCCAUACUGACAUCAUCGUUCCUCCGUCUUGGAUAGUAAAACUUCCAAGGAAAGGAUCUUUUAAAUCUUCGUUGCGCAGGUCGCCAAAGAAAAGAGGAUCUACAAAGAAGAAAUCGAAGAAGGAGAAUGAAAAGGAGCAGGCCAAAACAUUCGCGAUCAAGCCCAUUCCUUCGGCAUCAUCUAAACCAUUAAUCGUGUUCAUUAACCCUAAAAGUGGUGGGACUCAAGGGGCCAAAUUAAUGCAAAAAUUUCAAUGGUUACUCAACCCUCGACAGGUGUUUGAUUUAACUCAGGGAGGUCCUAGUGCUGGACUAGAAUUGUAUAGAAAGGUUCCAAACCUAAGGAUAUUAGCCUGUGGGGGCGAUGGAACAGCUGGCUGGGUUCUUUCUGCUCUUGAUGAAAUAGGCUUAAGUCCCUCUCCCCCUGUUGCAGUAUUACCUCUAGGUACUGGAAACGACUUGGCUAGAGCACUUGGCUGGGGUGGGGGUUACACGGAUGAACCGAUUUCAAAGAUUCUCUCGAACAUUCAAGCUGGAGAUAUAGUUCAGCUAGACAGGUGGGACAUACAAGUUGAGAAAAAUUCGGACGUGGACCCGUCAACUUGUGAAGAGGGCAAAGAUAACUUACCCCUGAACGUCGUCAACAAUUACUUUUCUCUAGGUGUUGAUGCCCAUAUAGCUUUAGAAUUCCAUGAAGCGAGAGAGGCUCGUCCAGACAGAUUCAACAGCAGGCUUAGAAACAAAAUGUUUUAUGGACAAGCUGGAGGAAAAGACUUAUUACAAAGAAAAUGGAAAGAUCUCUGUAAUUUUGUGACGCUUGAGUGUGAUGGACAAGACUUGACCCCAAGGUUGAAAGAACUCCGUAUCCAUGCUAUAUUGUUUUUAAACAUCCCCAGUUAUGGUGGAGGAACCCGACCUUGGAUAAGUCCUGGAGCAAGUUUUGAACUUCAAAAGACAGAUGACGGACUGAUAGAGAUCAUAGGCCUCACAACUUACCAACUGCCCUUACUCCAAGCAGGAGGACAUGGAACCUGUCUUGCUCAGUGUCGACAUGCACGCAUGGUCACCACUCGUACAAUUCCUAUGCAAGUGGAUGGAGAGCCAUGUAAAUUGCUUCCUUCCAUAAUUGAGCUUUGCCUCCGGAACAAAGUCAGUAUGGUUGCUAAAGCAAAGAGGCAUGGUGAUGUACAAUCAAUGCCUACGUUGGAGAAACUGACAGUGGAGGUUCGAAGGCUCAAUAUGACAAAAUACGAGACGUUUCAUUAUGAUAAGGAAAAACUGAAAGAAAUGUCUGUGCCUCUGGGAAAGCUAUGUGUAGACCUAGAUACUGAUUUGGAACAGAUUCGAGCUCGAAUUAAUGAGCUUUUAGAGAAAACGAUAGAAAACAAAUCAAACUUGGAACCAAACCUAUGUCCUGAGUGGUGCUUUGUGGACUCUUGUACAGCAGAAAGAUUUUUUCGAAUUGAUCGAGCCCAGGAACACUUAUAUUACGUAGUAGACAUAUGUGCUGAUGAAUUGUUUAUUCUGGACCCUGAUGAUACAACCCCUGUUGAAACAAAUGAUCAAGACAGUACAGAUUUUUUUGAAAGCGAUGUCUCAACAGUUGCAUUUAAUGGAAGCGAACAAAGCGGAACGACCAGUCCCAUUAGCCGAGAUGAAACCCCCCUUCAGAUUUCUUCGGAAGGAUCAGAGAGUAUGAAUAUUGGUUGCUUAACAGAUAUUGAGAAUGUUUCAGAGAAAUCUUCGGAAGGUGUGAUAAGUGCAUCAAAGACGGGUGACUUGUUACUGCUAAAGCAGCUACAACAGGAUGGAUACAGCCUUACUUCUUUAGAUCAGCGUGGGAUGACAGCUUUACAUCAUGCUGCUCGAUACGGAAAGAAGGACAUUAUUCGGUAUCUUAUUGCUAAUGCUUCUCCAACCAUUCUGGAAAUGGUGGAUAAUGAAAAAGGUCAAACAGCGCUUCACAAAGCAGCAGCUUACAAACGUCGUACCAUUUGUUAUCUACUUGUAUCAGCAGGAGCAUCUUUAACAAAAAUUGACAAACAGGGAAUGACACCGAAACAGUUAGCUGCAAAAGCAGGAGAUGAUGCUCUAGCCUCCUAUUUAGAAAAUCAACAACAUUUCCAGAUGUUAAUUCAGGACAAAGAAACAGCAGUAUAACAAAAAGAAGAGCUAGUGUGGAGUUCCUGUACCCCAUAGUUUCUGAUGUACAACAGAGAGUUUUGGAACAAAUGUACAUCUGAUGAGCCGAAGAUAAAUACACCAUGUUUUUAAAACGAGUUUUCUAGCAUCUAGAUAGAAAUGAUAUUUUGUCAUAAGCAUAAAAUAAUUGAGCCUCAUUUUCUGUCACGCCGAUUUUGUGUAAAACACCAGUGACACCUGGAAGAUAAUCUGGUAAUACAAAAAUUGGUUUAUCUUCUACUUCUAAGUUUUUAUGUCAAAUUUACGAAUAUUGCAACAGAUUCGUUUAUUUUAUUGUUGUGUUUUUUAUUUGAAAAUUAAAUUGUCUGUUGAUAACUUACCUAUAAAUCACAGAGUUAAAAGGUGUGUUUUAUCAAAUUUUCUUUGCGAGGUACAAAUACUGUUAUUACUUUUAUUAUUAAUCUAUUUUAAUUGAAAAUUAAAUUGUCUGUUGAUAACUUGCCUAUAAAUCACAGAGUUAAAAGGUGUGUUUUAUCAAAUUUUAUUUGCGAGGUACAAAUACUAUUAUUACUUUUAUUAUUAAUCUAUCUUAAUUGAAAGGUGACAAAAGAAAAGUGGGAAAAUAAUCCUAUUAUUCGCAUUUUUUUUUAUAAAUUCGAUAUAUUUUUUCUGGUGUUAUUGUAGAGUUUUCUCAGGGCCACUUUUACUCUUUGGUUUCACUUUCAUACCUGAGAAACGUAAAAAAAAUGGAUAAAAGUAAGCCAAUAUCUGCAUUACUGUUUUAAAAUGAUUUGAUAUAUAUAUAUAUGCAUUAAUCUGGUUUAAAAUGGGUAAAUUACGUCAGAAGUAAAUGUCUCAUGACAUUUCUAAUGUUUUUUUAUAGUUUUCUCGGGGUCACUUUUAUUUAUUUUUUUAUUUUAUUCAUGGUAAUUCUGUUAAAAUGUUUGUAGCUAUUUAUCUUAAUAUAAGUUAGUGUAUUGUACUCAAAAGUAAAGUGUGUUUUAAUUACAUUUUAUUCAGAUUGCUAUGAAUGAAGAAUUUUUGGAAAUACAUAAGUUUAUUUCUUGACGUAGAAAAGCAAAUAUACUAUAAUAUAAGAGCUGUCAAAUGGUAUGGUCUAUUGACCACUUCACGUUCGGGUUUACAUUCAAACCUUUUUCCACUUUUGGAGCAGAAAUUUAAAAAAUAUUUAAUUAAAUUAAUUCAUGUCCUAAAUCAGCAGGUACAUGAAAAUAAUUAUGGACUGGUGUGUUGUAAAGAAUCUCGUUUCACGUUGCACGUGCAGUAUUCAAAGUCAUUCACGCCCCUACUAUUGUACUUAUUAAAUGUGCCGUUACGAGUUAAAUUAUACGUCAAAGGAAAAUAUUGUUAAUAUCAAUUCACGUGUUAAUUCUUUAGAAUCAGUAGUCUACUGUGUAAUAAUAAAAACUUAAAUGAACUACGUGAAUUAAGAAGUAUGACAUUAUCCGAUCCUAGUAUAUCAAAAAAACAUACAUAUUAAAAGUAUUUCACCAGUUAGUUUACUCGGGCAUCCAUGGAAAAAAUAAAGAAAUAUAUAUAAUUUCAAUGAUAGUAUGUUAAGUACGUUGUAUGAGAUUUUUUAAUUUAACAGUGUAAGCUGAGAAAUUAGUAAAAAUAUUCAACUUCGACUAUUUUGAUACAAAGUACUAUGUUAUAUAUAGUUAAAGGGGAACUCUGCCUGUGACAUUGUAUAGGAAAUUAUUAUGUAUGCUGAAUUACAUGUGUUGGUUUAGUAACAUAAUUAUGUAAUAAUAACCAUAAAAUGCGAUAAUAAAUGUGAGAUUACUUACUGUUCCCUAGGUAACACUUCACAUGUUAGGUUUAGUACGGCUCGUGGCAUACAAACGUUGGUAUCUACUCACCCCUUCCUCUGCGUAUGAGUUUAGAAGCGAGGAGAAGCGCUGCUAUUUACAGAAUACCGAGAAAACGAUCAAUAAAGUUAAACUUAGAAAUAUUUCUUACAGUCCAACAUUUCUAAUUGAACCCGAACAAGUUUGAACUUAAUAAAAUUAUAAAAGUUCGUAUUUGAAACGAACGCUCUUUUUCCUUGACAGACAAUUAGUGCUGAAUUUAUAGCUGCCACCUGGCCCCCAUAAUUAUUUCCGGACACUUUGAAACAGAACAGGUUUUUAAAGAUGCCGCUAAAUUGAAAGAAAUUGAAGCAUAAAUUGAACGUUAAACCUUUGCUAAAUUGAUAUUGUUGCUUAAUUAAUACAAGGCAGCAUGACAAUAUAUAAUAAUCUUUUCUGAAAUUCAAAAAUAAAAUGCAACCUUCAUAAUUCAAUUAUAUUUUCACCAUAGGUCACUGGAAUAAAAAUAUGUUAUGGUGAUAUGUAUGUCUAUAGAGUAAAGCAGUUGUAUGCAUGUAUUACAAACGAUUUUACGACAACAAUAAUAGACUAACUUCCCUUUUCUUUCUCCUGGUCUCCAGUCGUUCUCCGCUCUAUUGGCUUGGUGGAGGGUGCGAUGCUUGAAAAGAGUUGGCACUGCCCCUUCUAUAAGGUACCGUCAUGUUUUUACACCUGUAAAUUUAACCCAUAAAUCCACCUUGAAACACUCGGGAAUGAAGUGUUCCUCCCAUACACAUUGUUUUAACCAAGAGGAAAUGUCUAGAUUAUGUAACCUUUUCUGAAUUGCUCUUGGGAUCUGACAGUGAUUUGGGGGACGUGAAAAUGUAACUCAGUGUUAUCCUCCUAACUGCUAGUGUAAACGUACGCUCGGUCAUGUUGUUGUUGUUUUUUAGCAGGUGUUGGGCCUGUCAACUAUAAUAUUUAAAAAAAUAAAGCACCUUUGAAAAGCAAUGUAAAAGUCGCAGUUCUCAAAUCACUGGUUUUUGUUUGUAUUCAACACGUUUCAGCACUCAAUUCCUGGAAACUUGCCACAAUAUAACUAGGAAUCUUCGUUUUCGGUGUAUAUUUCUUGCAAGUGUAUCUGUUUUUGAAUAUUUAAUGGACAGUAAUUAGGCCAUCUGCGUUCCUUAUCUAACGUAAUGAUGUAUAUUAAUUGCAAAAGAGGUUGAAAUAUUUAUGAUACAAAGUUAAACAAGAUUUAUGUUGCUGUUUGAGUAGCGCCUCUUUCAUAAAACCUAAAAUUUCUGUGCAGAAAUUCCCAUGUGUUAAACUGCUAUUAAUGAAUAAAACAAAUCUAAAGGGAUCGGGGAGAGAGAGAGGGGUUGUUUAAAAAAGGUACAAUUACCUUGUUAACAUAUGAAUAUGGUGUCGUCAAUAAAAGGCUCGUUUAUGUAACAAAACGGAGACGAUUGUUUUAUACUACAAUUAAUAGCUCGUAAGUUUUAACUAGAAAGUGAAUCGGCUCAAAAUCUGUUUUAAGGCAAGUAGAUCAAGAAAAAUGAUAAUGAUGAACGCUAACGAUGGUCUCUGUUAUUCUUCAUGCAUCCGCCUUGAUCGCUGCACUAGAUUAUAUAUAUAUAUAUAGAGAGAGAGAGAGAGAGAGAGAAAGAAUAAAAACAAAUCAUAAGUCCACUACUGUAGAGAUCUGUUGUUGUUUUUUUAUGGAGAUUUGUUCCAUGUACAUGUAAAAGAGAAAAACAAAUCAUAAGUCCACUACUGUAGAGAUCUGUUGUUGUUUUUUUAGUGGAGAUUUGUUCCAUGUACGUGUAAAAAGACGGCGAGAGUGAACUAAAAUAAAAUACUGCAUAAGAGAAUUAAAUGCAGCAUGAUAGUGAAAAUUGUUGGAUUGUGAAGGUAGAUGUAAAGAAAA